AUGGUCGGCUUCAAAAGCUUCGCCGCUCUCUUCCUCGCGGCCCUUGGCACCGCUGCCCCUGCUCCUUCUGGCGGCAAGUACAUUGUCACGCUCAAGGACGGUGCCACUGCCAGCAAGGUUGAGUCUCACUUGCAGUGGGUAAACGAUGUCCACGCUCGCAGCGUCGGUCGUCGCGAUCUCAACCUCAACGGUGUCGAAAAGACCUACGGCAUUGGUAGCUUCAACGGCUACGCUGGCAACUUUGACGCUGCCACCAUUGAGGAGAUCAAGAACAGCCCCGAGGUUGCGGCCGUCGAGCUUGACCAGAAGUGGACUCUGUAUGCCCUGACCACGCAGUCCAACGUCCCCCACGGACUGGCCACCAUCUCGCACCGUCAGUCCGGUGCCAGCAACUACAUCUACGACAGCACCGCAGGCCAGGGCGCCUACGCCUACGUCGUCGACUCAGGUGUCAACAUUGGACACGUCGAGUUCGAGGGCCGUGCUACCCGCGGCUACAACGCGGCCGGCGGCGAGGACGUCGACACCCUCGGCCACGGCACUCACGUCUCUGGCACCAUUGCUUCCAAGAGCUACGGCGUGGCCAAGAAGGCCAGCAUCGUCUCCGUCAAGGUUUUCAGCGGCCGCACCGCCGACACCUCCGUCAUCCUCGAUGGCUACAACUGGGCCGUCAACGACAUCGUCGCCAAGCGCCGCCAGACUCGCUCCGUCAUUAACCUGUCCCUCGGUGGUCCCGCCUCGACCGCUUUCGACAGCGCAGUUGCCAGUGCCUACAACCAGGGUGUUCUGACCGUCGUCGCCGCCGGCAACGAGAACCAGGACAGCAGAAACGUCUCCCCCGCCCGCGCCCCCCAGGCCAUCACCGUCGCCGCUGUCGGCGCCACCUGGGCUCGCUGGGUCUGGAACGCGCAGCAGGGCUCCAACUACGGCACUCCCGUCGACAUCUACGCUCCCGGUGAGGAUGUUCUGUCCACCUGGAUUGGCUCGACCACUGCCACCAACACCAUUACUGGCACCUCCAUGGCCUCUCCCCACAUUGCUGGUCUGGCCAUUUACCUUGCCGUUCUCGAGAACCUCAACACCCCUGCCGCUGUCACCAACCGCAUCAAGGCGCUUGGCACCGCGAACAAGGUGACUGGCAACGUUGGCAGCACUGUCAACUUGCUCUCGUACAACGGUAACCAGUAA